AAAAAAAAAAAAAUCAUCACUAUAGCAUCUCUAUUUUCAGUGAGCACAUCUUGCAACUUUCAAGGUUCUCUUCAACCGUACAAUAAGUUACUUCCGUUGGCUUCAGCAGUCGUUACCGAGAAAGAUAUUGCUACCAUCAUCUGAAUUUACAAGGGAACAUUUGCCUUGUACGCAACUUUGUUCUUUUCUUGGUUAGUCGGGCUCUCCGAGGUAAUUGAUAACGAUGUCACUGAGGCGUUUUUUAGGCUUUUCUGAAGGCGAUGUCAUGAGGUCUGAUUGCAAACCUUGUUCUAGACUAAUGAGACACACAGCCGGAAUCUUUAGUGUUGGUGGAGCAUUGGGAUUUUGGGUCCUUUGCCGAAUGCACUAUGGUCCUCGAAUUCAAAUUCCUAGGAGUCUUCGUUGGGCAGCCUGUGGAGCUGUAACUGUAAGUUCAAGCACAGCUUUGCUGGUUCGUUUGUUUAGUCCUGAAUGUGAGCCCCAGAACAUAGCUGCUUAUGACAAUAAAAAGUAGCACCGUUAGUAACUCCCCUUUUCCAUCCGACAUACAGAAAUAGGGAAAUGAUAAAUUUGGAGGUGUUGCGAUAAUGAAAUCGUGUUACUCUUAUUACUUUAUAAUCUACAUAAUGAGUUUGAUUACGAAUAUCUUGCAUCUGUAAGUUUUGUGGUAAAAAUGAUCUUUUAUGGCAUCACUAGGGGAAAUUAGGCUAGUUACUUUCGUAAAUUGUGGAGCUAUUGCACUUGCAAAAGUAUGUUUUAUACUUUUUUGUUUUUCAAACUCAUCUUUUAAUACUUCCAAACUAAUUAUUAGUAAUUUAAAUAACAAGUUCAUCAA